AACCCUUUCCUCUUCCUCUUCUUCGAUUCCAUUUCACGAUCUGAUCUACGAUCUGAGCACCGGGACGAGGAAUGUCGGAAAGCUGUCGAUAAACUCGAGCUAAAGACUCGAAACCCUGACACGAUCAAUCAAGUCGAGAAGAAGCUGAUGGAGAAAGGCGUCCAAAGGAUGGAAAGGCACCCUUCCGACGGGACUCAGAUCAGGCGUCCGCCGCCGAAGUCAGGUCACGGCGGGAAGUACACGUGGGAGGGGGCAGCUCGGAUGGAGGAUUACGAGAUGCAGCCGGAUCCGUCGGCGAUGGACGAAGGCGAUCUUAAUUACGAUGAGGAGAAGAUCGGGGGUGGUGGUGGUGAUGACAUGGCGGUGGAGGUUGGGAAAGGUGAGGUUGAGGUGGCGAAGGAGGCGCCGGGAGGUGUGGCUAGGGCGGAGGUUGAUCCUCGCUUGAUCAGUCUUCCUUGAGUUGCUAGGACAAGGGAGAAAGUGUUGGGGCGAAUUUGAGAAGGGAGUGAAACUUUGGGGGUUUGAUUUUUAAUUUGAGUUUGUGACGUUUUAACAUCGUACCUCAAAAUAAACAGAAAAAUAUCUCUCAGAGAUCGCAGAAGAAGAAAACAAAAUCUUGAUCGACCUCGGAGAAGAAGAAGAGAAUAAUCAAUGGUAGCUGCUUCCAAUGGGAGUGAGUAUUUCGACAUCGACGUCGAGACGGGAGGAAAAUCGUUUGCGCGGCCGUUGAAUGCUGAGACAGAGGAGCAGGAUGAAGAAGAUCUGAGAUGGGCUGCGAUCCGACGGUUACCGUCGCAGAGACAAGGGAGCCAUUUAGCGACUCUGCAUCGGUCGCAAACUUCUGGUUACGCAGACGGGAACGUCGUGCAGACGAUUGACGUAAGGAAGCUUGAUCGUUCGGAUCGUGAGAUGGUUGUUCGUCAAGCUCUUGCCACUAGCGAUCAGGAUAAUUACAAGCUUCUCUCCGCUAUCAAGAAACAACUCGAUAGAUAUCUUUUUUGAUUCUCUGUUUCUAUGUUUAGGUUUUCUUUUUUAUUAAUGUUAAAAAUAUUCAUUGUAGAGUUGGUAUGGAAGUUCCCAAGAUUGAAGUCCGGUUCGAGAAUUUGAAAGUUGAAGCUGAUGUUCAAGCCGGUACAAGAGCUUUACCGACUUUGGUUAACGUUUCUCGUGAUUUCAUCGAGCGUGUUUUAAGCAGUUUGAGAAUGAUGAAGACUAGAAAACACAAGCUAACCAUAUGAGUCAUAUAGCUGACUCACACAAGAAUGGAAGUUGGAACCAUGAAAAAUGAUGGGUUUGAGGACUGUUUUGCUUUCACUCUAAUAUUUUUGUCUUUCAUCAAACAUACUUUUAUAUGUUCUAGGUGUUCUACCUUAUCCUGUACAAAGUUGUUUUGACUUUAUUUGUUCCAGGUUCACUCAUUAAAAUGGAUUUAGUCUUCCUUCACAU